AUGGCCAUCCACACAUCCUACGAGGUCCUCAGUCAGUCCUUCAACUUCGCAACAGAGGACCAGCGACAAUGGUGGCACCACACUGCGCCGGUCUUCGUAAAGAGCAUGACCGAUGCGCAGUACUCACGCGACGCACAGUACAAGCAGCUCACUUUCUUCUACCACUGCGUCCUACCGCACCUAGGCCAAUUCCCUGUCAAAAUAAACAGCGGCAAGCCCAGCAAGCAACGUUAUAAAAGCAACCUAAGCCCUUACGGCCUUCCAUUCGAAUUCAGCCUUAACUUCCCCGAGCUGACAGUCCGUUACUCGUACGAGCCCAUCGGCCCCGAGGCUGGCACAAUGGCGGACCCCUUCAACGUCGACAAAAUGGGGCCAGUCAUUGGCGACCUCGCACACUUCACCCCGAGCAUAGACACGACACUCUUCCGCAAACUGGCAGACCUCCUCCUGUUAUCCAGAGAGGAAGCGAAGAAACUUAUCUCGCAGCCCGGGUUUACGCCUGGGGGCCCCGCACGUGGGCAGUACCAGUUUGCCGUGGAUAUGAAGGGCGAGCGGCCGAUGCUGAAGGGGUACUUCUUUACAACGAUGAAGAGUCUGGCGACGGGGAUUUCGGCUGAUCGGCUUAUUGCCAAUGCAAUUAGGGCUGUUGAUCAAGCAGGGAAGCUUGCAGCUCCGCUGGCAGAGAUGGAGAGUUAUACACAGAGCCGUGCCGCAUCCACGUUUAUUACGGGAUACCUGGGUUGCGACAUGAUUGACCCAGCACGGGCCCGGCUAAAAGUGUAUGCGUCCGACAGCGAAGUGACCUUUGAGCGGCUCAUCGACCUCUGGACUCUGGGCGGGCGGAUUCCCAAUGAGGCGACCACCACGGGAAGGCAAGGAAAGGGACUCGAGGCGCUGCGCGAGUUAUGGGACCUUCUGCAGAUCCCACCAGGGAUCCGAGAGAUGAAGGUCGAACACAUGGAACUAGGCGAUCCGCCCAAGUCACUGCUACCGGUAAUAGUGAACUACACCCUUCUCCCCAACAAGCCCUACCCCGAACCGCAGGUGUAUCUGGUGCCGUUUGGCUUGCCGGAUAUGCAGAUUGCAGAAGCGCUCACGCAGUUCUUUGUGCGAAUGGGAUGGGAAGAGGCUGCGAAAACAUACAAGGAGAAUCUGUUCUCUUACUAG